AUGAGGGCGUCCCGAGAGCUUUCCACGCCGGAUCUCAAGCCAAGGCCUUCGGUCACCGGGUAUCAUGGCCGCCUAUCCGUUCCAGUCAAGAAGACAUCUAGUGGUAUCCAAAGCAGCGCAACUUGGACUUCAAACAGUGGUGAUAUGAUGUCCGACACGGACGAGAUCGCGAACCGAGAUGAUUUUGUUGAGGAGUACAACAGGUUGGCAAAGAAGGCAUCAUGGCGUGCGUCAACUGAUCCCCGAUCAGCCCGAGACUUCCGAGCGCCAGAGACACGCGGUGUCUUCAGGAUUCCAGGCUCGGUGCGAGUCGUCAACGAGCUCUACGAGUUUUACUGCGCACACCAGGUGGGAGGGGAUGUCGCCAACACGGUUCGAAGCCCGAAUCUGCCAUCCCAUAUCAGCCCUGGUGUUCACGAUGUUGCUUCCUUAUUCAAAAAAUUCCUGGCGGGCCUUCCAGGAGGAAUCCUUGGGUCUUUAUCACUUUUCGACGCUCUGGUUGCGAUCAACAGCCAGUUAUACACCGAUCCCGAGUUCAGCAGGACGAAACAAAGCAAGCUCCGAGCGCGACUCAUUGCCCUUGCCGUCGGAACUAUGAGAUCACAAUACAGAAGGGAGUUGAUUUGUGCUGUGUUUGGUCUCCUAUGCCUCCUUGGGCGAGCUGCUGAGACAGCUCCAAGGGAAGAUGAUUCAGGAAGGCCAUUGCCCACAUCGGACCUUAUGGGCUACAGUGCUCUUGGGAUUGUUUUUGGACCGCUGCUGAUUGGUGAUAUGCUCAGCUCUCAUGCUGUGAAGCUGGCAGAUCCUAGCUCUGGGCUGUUCCUUGUUCCAGUGUCACCUCAGCAGAAGCCAAAGAAUGAGAAGAAGAAGGCCAAGGAGUCGACUAAUGAACCCCCGCCAGCUUUCUGGGACGUUGACAAGAUUCACGUUGCCAAUGAUAUCACGGAAAUGCUCAUCACGAAUUGGAGAGAUGUUGUUAAACAGAUGAGAAAUCUGGACGAAAGCUUGAGCAUACUGCGACAUCGCAGCCGUGCCUCGAUUUCCGAGAACUCAAGGCGUGCAACGAGCCUGUCGAGAAAUUCAGAAGAUGCCUCCGCACCCCACCAGUCUCUGGACGUCCGAAUGUCUGAGGAUCGUCCGCCUAGCCCUACAGGUUCUUCUUCUAAAUACAAGUCAACCCCUGAGGCAAAGGCUGGGACUACACGACAAUGUGAUGCCAGAAGAACCACAUCAGGAAACCCAAAGGCUUCAAACCAAGACGACUUGGCUGCAAUUCCCGGGAAAAACUUGAAACCUACGUUCUCGUGCGACCUAGACUCGAUGACCGCGUACGCGGUGGUCCCUGGUGCAAAAAUACUGAGUGGAACGUCUACAAUGCGUUACCAGCCCAAGAAUUCUCACACAGACUCGACAACUGAGAUCACGCAUGCUGGUUCAUCGAGCAGGUCCGUCAAGUCAACACAUGAGAAAGAGGAUGAUCAAGUGGAGAAUGCUCCUGGCUCAAUGCAUAUUGUCACCCCUGACCAGAUGGACGGGGCGGCAGACAUCGUUACGGCUGGGAACUCAUAUCGCGGAUUGUUCCAUGACCUCAGAGAUCAUCACGAGGGACGAAAGACCGCUGUUAGUCGACCAUCAUCUUAUCCCCUCUUGAAGAGCUGGUCUAAGCUCCCGGCGCCGCAGCACAAUGAUGGGAAAGCCAAAUGCCACAAGCUGCCGCCCUUGGUCACUCCACAAACAAUAUCCCCCAUGCCAGCCAUCAACCGCCGUGGUGAUCUCAAGCGGGGUACUAACAAGGUUUUGGACUUGGCCGCGAAGUUUGACAAUGCUGCCAGAGCCUCGCCUUUCAUACCUACUGUGGAAGAUGGUACACAGAAGCAACGACGAGAGGUUCCUGGACUGGUCUCACCAUAUACCAGCAAUCCGUCCCCGCUUCAACCACAGCACAUGGUUAGCGGUGACAAGAUCAAACGACAGGCUAGUCCUACAAAAAUGCGAGAUGAAUCAGGGCCUUCGCUGGAGAUCAUGCGAUCACAUCCCAAAAAAUCAAGACUGCCCACUCCCUCCCGUGCAUUCCCAAACAAGGAGGUCUCUGACACAGCUCAACACGAGAUAAGACCCGUCGCAUAUUACUCCAGUCCUUUACCGCCAAGGGGUGGCAGUAGAGGCUUGCCGCGUCUCUCACAGCAUAGUAUUACAUCGGCAUACAGUGAGGCUGCGAGCUACAGCCAAGACGUAAGCUCCCCCAGCCUCAGCCGCAGCCCCAGCCGAGGUCGCAGUGCUUCUUCACUCCGCGAUCAGAUCCGUAGUCUCAGACAAGAACUUUCAGCCAAGAGCGAAGAGUAUGCUCAGCUCCGCCUGGAUUUCGAGGAGAACAGGAAGGCGAGCCAAGUGAAUGAGAUCCUGUUGCGGGAAGAUCUCGACUGUGCUAAGGCGGACUUGACCAAGUGGAAGAGGAGGGCUGAGAGGGCCGAGAGCAAAGUUGAGAUGCAUGAGAGACUGGCCACGCGAGCUCAGGAUAUACGUGAGCGGAAUGGUGGACACAGCCACGACUUCUCGUUCGUUAGCGGUCUGCCCGAUGACAUUGAUGUUGCUGAGCGGUCUCCGCAACACCAGCCGCUAUCUGCGAGAAUGAAUCAGAGCGUGAGAAGAGCUCCUGAGAAUGUCCGACCUACCGGGACUUCCGCUUCGAUGGGUAGCGACGCUAUGUCAGAUUGUUCGAGGAGCACGGUCGUGAGAAAUACCGAUGAGGCUGAGGAGGGACACUGGGCUUCUGUCGAUGAGUUGGUCGAGAUUUCCCCUCCUGGAAUUGUGGAUGAUUUACUGUAG